CUGGCAUCAAGAAGAGGUCCAAGGUCCCUGGGGUUAUGAUCACGCAGUUUAUAGAGGAUCUACCGGAGGGCAAGAGCACCCCAGACUUCCUUCGCAAACCCAUCGCUCUAACCAUUCAAGAGGGUGAGCCCCCAGGGUGUUAUAGGAGAUCUUUAUCAGGCCUAGGCCCUCUUAGUGUUGGUCUAUGUGCUCAGAGGCGUCAUGCCCAUAGUUGGCACAGGGGCACGUGCCCCCUAAGAUUUGUCAAACAUUUUUAAAUACAUUUUUUUUCUCUGUAAUACUAUAAGUUCCCAAUCUCCCAAACUCAUAACUAGCUACCAAGAAGCCAUUUCAGGCUAUCAAUCAAGUUAGAGUAGCUAGCUUGUCUAACUAUCUUAGCUGGCAUGCCUGCUGGCAAGGUUGGUAGACUUUACAAAAGCAAGCAAUAACUAAAUAAGACUCACAUUCCUUUCAAUCCUUUUUCACGUUGGGAUUGGGGUAUUUUAUAAUGAAUCAAUGUUUUUGCUCAUCCUACAGGUAAAUUAGCAAUUUUCAAAGCCCAUGUGUGUGGGGAUCCCAAACCAGAGGUGACAUGGGGAAGAGCUAAAGGGGAUAUGUCAGACACAGAAAGAUUUCAAAAGAAAUAUGAUGAACCUACUGGUGAAUACACUUUAGAGGUGAGUCUAAACUUGUGCACAAGAGUGUGCAUAUAACCCAUGAUUCUGUUCAGUUGUGAUUAAACAGUUAAUUUAUUUCACCAGAUUCCCAGAGUGUCUGGAGAGGAGGCAGACACUUACAAAUGCUAUGCUACCAAUGAAUAUGGCAAGGCUAUUUGCACCGCUGCAUUGAAUGUGAUUGAGGGUGAGAAUGCUUGUUUCUUUACACUUCAUAUAACUUACUUUACAUUUGACUCAUUUAGCAGACGCUCUUAUCCAGAGCGACUUACAGUUAGUGAGUGCAUACAUUUUCAUACUGGCCCCCCGUGGGAAACGAACCCACAACCCUGGCGUUGCAAGCGCCAAGCUCUACCAACUGAGCUACAGUUGAGUCUUUGUAUUUGGUGCUAAUCCUAAACAUCUGUUAUUAGUUGGAUUCAAGAAGCAGAAGGCCAUGGAGCAGUUAGAAGACAUAGGUGGGUCUUUUCAUUCAUUCAUCCAUCCAUCCAUGAUAAAAGUAAGAAACCUACAAAAGAGGCAGAGUAUUUGGAGGAGAUGUGUCAAACCGUGGCCUAAUAUUCUGACCUGCUCUCUAAAAAAACAGCAUUGCUUAUGGAAACCAUUUAUUAAUUAUGAAAAGCACAUUUAAUAAUUGCAUUUAUGUGUUUGCUUACCAUGUCAUCUGGUACUGUUGAUCAUUAACCAACAUGUAAAACUUUUAAAAGAGAAAGAAACGUAUGGGAAGUUUGUAGGAUGCAGUCAUUCAAUUGGUUUUGGCGCCAAACAUUUGUUUGUUGCUCCACUAGUUUCACCCUGUUAAUCAUGCUUUUUGGGUAUUAAUGUUACCACUACAAAGUGCACAUAUUUUAUUAUUAGGAUCGCUAUUCCUAUGUUAAGUAAUGGUUAGAACUUACCUUUGAUUCCUCGUAAUUUAAGAGGUGAAAUGUUUGUUCCUUUUGUCGUGCUCAGGAAGGGGGCGUAUCAACCAGAACUACGUUCGUCCUUGUGUUCGUCCAUCCUUUGUGUUGGGUAAUGCCCCGUUGGCUAAAUCCCAGGGGGAGAGCAAUGUGUACCCUGUUUAAUUUAAUACUUAGGCAUGGUUCUCCACUAAUAAUUUAAGUGUGUAUUUAUGGUAAUUGUGUGCUUGUAUUACCUGAAUGUGUUUUUGUGGCCCUCUCAUGGGCCACAAAAUUAAAAAAAAAUAAUUCCAUUAUUUGUUAAUUUGUUGCAGUGGUAGGCUUAUAUUGAAAUGUGAGGCCUUAAUGGAAACAUAUGUAAGCUCUGUCAUUCCUCUUGCAGCCAUUCAGGGGACAGAUUGCUACAUGGCUAUUAUCGGGCAUUAUUAAGCCCUUAAAAUCUUGGUUUUGACUUUGGUUUACUUAUUAUUUGAUUUCUGUCCAGUUUAUUUUCCUGUCUGUUCAUCGUCCUGUUUAUUGUUUUGUAUUAACGUCAUGUAGCCCAAAGCCAUUCAAACGCGUUUGUCUUUCAACUUCCAGCUCAGUGACACAUGCAAAACCAUUGUUAAAUAUGAACUAGAUGGUAAUUUUACAUGAAGUAAAAUUGUGGUACUUGCUUUAGCUUUUGAAAAUUAUUUUUGUGGUAGUGGAAGAAGUGUUCAGAUUUUGUAUUUGAAAAGCAGAGAAGAAGACCAGGAUUUUAUACACUAGCUCUGGAACGGCUGGGGGUCCCUGAGGAGAGAUUUGUGAACUACUGUGUCUCAGUUGACACAAGUCCAUAUUGUGUGAUUCUUUCACAAGACUCUGACACUGGCCAUAGUCAUGCGUAGCAUAUAAUGGCACAAUUACACAAAAAGAGCUGUGCGCAAACCACACCCAAAAAUAUUAGAAUGAACCGCCGCCCCUACAUUUUAAUUAUCACUCAGAGCAAAGAAUCCAUUUGAGAACAGCAAAGAACUAUUGAAGGGCUCAAAGGGUUAUUAGAGUCAGUAUGAUUCCACAUUCUUCCCAAAGAACCCUUGAGGAGCCCUCUUUUCUUUGUGUAUACAGUGCAUUCGGAAAGUAUUCAAACCCCUUGAAUUUUUGCAUUUUGUUAUGUUACAGCCUUAUUCUAAAAUGGAUUUCAUUGUUAAAAAAUCCUCAUCAAUCUACAUGCAAUACCCCAUAAUGACAAAGUGAAAACAGGUUUUUAGACAUUUUUGCAAAUGUAUUAACAUUUAAAAACAGAAAUACUUUAUUUACAUAAGUAUUCAGACCGUUUGCUAUGAGACUCGAAAUUGAGCUCAAGUGCAUCAAUUUUCCAUUGAUCAUCCUUGAUAUGUUUCUAUAACUUGAUUGGAGUCCACCUGUGGUAAAUUCAAUUGAUUGGACAUGAUUUGGAAAGGCACACACCUGUCUAUAGAAGGUCCCACAGUUGACAGUGCAUGUCAGAGCAAAAACCAAGCCAUGAGGUCAAAGGAAUUGUCCUUAAACCUCCGAGACAGAUCUGGGGAAGGGUACCAAAAAAUGUCCGCGGAUUUGAAGGUCCCCAAGAACACAGUGGCCUCCAUCAUUCUUACAUGGAAGAAGUUUGGAACCAUCAAGACUCUUCCUAGAGCUCAGCCAACGGAGAAGGGCCUUGGUCAGGGAGGUGACCAAGAACCCGACGGUCACUCUGACAGAGCUCCAGAGUUAAUCUGUGGAGAUGGGAGAAACUUCCAGAAGGACAACCAUCUCUGCAGCACUCCACCAAUCAGGCCUUUAUAAUAGUCGUGGUCAAAGGUUUUGAGAAUGACACAAGUAUUGGUCUUCACAAAGUUCGCUGCUUCAGUGUUAUGAGAUAUUUUUGUCAGAUGUUACUAUGGUAUACUGAAGUAAAAUUACAAGCAUUCCAUAAGUGUCAAAGGCUUUUAUUGACAAUUACAUUACCUUUAUGCAAAGAGUCAAUAUUUGCAGUGUUGACCCUUCUUUUUCUAGACCUCUGCAAUCCGCCCUGGCAUGCUGUCAAUUCACUUUUUGGCCACAUCCUGACUGAUGGCAGCCCAUUCUUGCAUAAUCAAUGCUUGGAGUUUGUCAGAAUUUGUGGGUUUUUGUUUGUCCACCCGCCUCUUGAUGAUUGACCAAAGUUCUCAAUGGGAUUAAGGGGAGUUUCCUGGCCAUGGACCCAAAAUGUCGAUGUUUUGUUCCCCAAGCCACUUAGUUAUCACUUUUGCCUUAUGGCAAGGUGCUCCUUCAUGCUGGAAAAGGCAUUGGUUGUCACCAAACUGUUCUUGGAUGGUUGAGAGAAGUUGCUCUCAGAGGAUGUGUUGGUACCAUUCUUUAUUCGUGGCUGUGUUCUUAGGAAAAAUUGUGAGUGAGCCCACUCCCUUGGCUGAGAAGCAACCCCACACAUGAAUGGUCUCAGGAUGUUUUACUGUUGGCAUGACACAGGACUGAUGGUAGCGCUCACCUUGUCUUCUCCGGACAAGGUGUUUUCCGGAUGCCCCAAACAAUCGGAAUGGGGAUUCAUCAGAGAAAAUGACUUUACCCCAGUCCUCAGCAGUCCAAUCCCUGUACCUUUUGCAGAAUAUCAGUCUGCCCUGAUGUUUUUCCUGGAGAGAAGUGGCUUCUUUGCUGCCCUUCUUGACACCAGGCCAUCCUCCAAAAGUCUUUGCCUCACUGUGCGUGCAGAUGCACUCACACCUGCCUGCUGCCAUUCCUGAGCAAGCUCUGCACUGGUGGUGCCCCGAUCCCGCAGCUGAAUCAACUUUAGGAGACGGUCCUGGCGCUUGCUGGAUUUUUCUUGGGUGCCCUGACGCCUUCUUCACAACAAUUCAACCUCUCUUCUUGAAGUUCUUGAUGAUCCGAUAAAUGGUUAAUUUAGGUGCAAUCUUACUAGCAGCAAUAUCCUUGCCUGUGAAGCCCUUUUUGUGCAAAGCAAUGAUGACGGCACGUGUUUCCUUGCAGGUAACCAUGGUUAACAGAGGAAGAACGAUGAUUUCAAGCGCCACCCUCCUUUUACAGCUUCCAGUCUGUUAUUCUAACUCAAUCAGCAUGACAGAGUGAUCUCCAGCCUUGUCCUCGUCAACACUCUCACCUGUGUUAAUGAGAGAAGCACUGACAUGAUGGCAGCUGGUCCUUUUGUGGCAGGGCUGAAAUGCAGUGGAAAUGGUUUUUGGGGAUUAAGUUCAUUUUCAUGGCAAAGAGGGACUUUGCAAUUAAUUGCAAUUCAUCUGAUCACUCUUCAUGACAUUCUGGAGUAUAUGCAAAUUGCCAUCAUCAAAACUGAGGCAGCAGACUUUGUGAAAAUUUGUAUUUGUGUCAUUCUCAAAACUUUUCACCACGACAGAAGCCACUCCUCAGUAAAAGGCACAUGACAGCCCGCUUGGAGUUUGUCAAAAGGCAUCUAAAGGACUCAGACCAUGAGAAACAAGAUUCUCUGGUCUGAUGAAACAAAGAUUGAACUCUUUGGCCUGAAUGCAAAGCGUCACGUCUGGAGGAAACCUGGCACCAUCCCUAUGGUGUAGCAUGGUGGUGGCAGCAUCAUGCUGUGAGGAUAUUUUUCAGCGGCAGGGACUGGGAGACUAGUCAGGAUCGAGGAAAAGAUUAACGGAGCCAAGUACAGGGAGAUCCUUGAUGAAACCUGCUCCAGAGCGCUCAGGACCUCAGACUGGGGCGAAGGUUCACCUUCCAACAGGACAAUGACCCUAAGCACACAGCCAAGACAACGCAGGAGUGGCUUCGGGACAAGUCUCUGAAUGUCCUUGAGUGGCCCAGCCGGAGCCUGGACUUGAACCCAAUCUAACAUCUCUGGAGAGACCUGAAAAUAGCUGUGCAGCGACGCUCCCCAUCCAACCUGACCGAGCUUGACAGGCUCUGCGGAGAAGAAGGGUAGAAAAUCCCCAAAUACAGGUGUGCCAAGCUUGUAGCAUCAUACCCAAGAAGACUUGAGGCUGUAAUCGCUGCCAAAGGUGCUUCAACAAAGUACUGAGUAAAGGGUCUGAAUACUUAUGUAAAGGUCAUAUUUCAGUUGUUUAUUUUUAAUAAAUUCGCAAACAUUUCUAAAAACCUGUUUUUGCGUCGUCAUUAGGGGGUAUUGUGUGUAGAUGAAGGGGAAAAACAAUCCAUUUUAGAAUAAGGCUGUAACGUAACAAAAUGUAGAAAAUAUCAAGGGGUCUGAAUACUUUCCCGAAAGCACUGUAUAUACUUUGUACAUAUUGUACAUACAUUUGCUACUGCUUAUUUACCUACAUCACAGUAAAAAGUAACCGCCUCACCAUGGGCAUUGCACAACUACAAUGGGGCAUUGAGAAAACAGUACGCUUUUUAUCUGCUACAUUGGAAUCGUUACUUUUUGCUGCCUUGAGCAGAAUGAGACAUUUUAUCCUGUUCUCGGGCGUGAGCUGCAUGUUGAAAUUUUGAAAAUAGAACCAAAGCAUAAUCUCACAUAGCCGGCGCUCUUAUGCCUGGUUUCAUUUAAAUUAAUAUGAUGGUAUCCUGCUCUGAAAACAUGAGUCCGGUUUAGCUGGCCUGUUACCAUCUAGUUUCCUCCUUACUGAACACUCCACCACCAAUAGCACCACUUUUUGACAUUUGGAUAUAUAGACGAUCUAUAGAUGUUCAAACUAUCAAACUCUGGGUAGUGAGUAGUUGGUUGAAUAGUUUGUUGACAGUUACUUGAACAUCUAUUUGGGACUAUCCAAAUAACGUGUUAUGAGAAGCAGAUAUUUAAUCUGACUACCCACUGGGCACAGGCGUCAGUUCAAUGUCUAGUUUGAUUUACAUUUGGUUGAGUUGUCAGCUACUGUGAAUUCAACAUGAAAUCCAAAAACAAAUUCACCAUGCCAUUGGAGUUAAUUUAGGUUAAAAGUUGGGUGAAAAAAAGACAAAAUUCCCUUACAUUGAUGACUUUUUGCAAAUCCAAUCAGUUUUUCACAUUGAUUCAAUGUCAUCACAUUGAUUUAUUUUGUUAAAAUUAUGUAACAACGUUGAUUCAACCAGUUUUUGCCCAGUGGGUAUUCUGCAGUGGAGGCUAAUGGGAAGAGCUAUAGGAGGACAGGCACAUUGUAAUGGCUGGAAUGGCAUAAAUAGAACGGAGUCAAACGUGGUUUCCAUGUGUUUGAGGAGUUUUAUACUGUUCCAUUUAUUCCAUUCCAGCCAUUACAAUGAUCCCCUCCUAUAGCUUCUCCCACCAGACUCCACUGGUAUUCUGUCACUUUACAUUAAGUUGGGUAACAUUGAGUGUCCUUUAUUUUGUUUAGGUUCAGUAGAUCCAGCAGAGUUCAGGAAAUUGCUCAGAAAAAGGUAAGAUAUGAGAUGAUGAUUCAUGAUAUCAUGAUAUCACUAACCAGAUCCUUCUAUUGACAUUACAUGUAUUUGUAAACAGGGACCUCUGUGCCUGACAAAACAGUGCGAUGGGAUGACCACAAUGAAAAUGGGGAGACUAAGAUCAGAGGAGGCUCCUCAGAGGAGGAAGGGAAGACCUUCCUACUCGGUGAAUUUCAUAAAAAUAAAAAUCAUUUUUAGAUAAAACUAUACUAAAUAUAUUCACAUGUCACCAAAUAAUUGAUUAAAACACACUGUUUUGCAAUGAAGUUCUACAGUAGCCUCAGUAGCACUCUGUAGGGUAGCACCAUUGUGUAGCCGGAGGACAGCUAGCUUCUGUCCUCUUCUGAGUACAUUGACUUCAAUACAAAACCUAUGAGGCUCAUGGAUCUCACCCCCUUCCAUAGACUUCCACAGUAACCUAUCAGAGCUCUUGCAGCAUGAACUGACAUGUUGUCCACCCGAUCAAAGGAUCAGAGAAUGAAUCAAGUACUGAAAGAAUAAACUACAGCUAGCUAGCACUGCAGUGCAUAAAAUGUGGUGAGUAGUUGACUCAAAGAGAGAGAAAGACAAUAGUUGAACAGUUUUGAACAAAUUAAUUUAUUCCAAAAUUAAGGAGAAAUGAGAGAGAGAGCUAGCUAUAUUUCGUAGUAUAAUUUCUUUCACUUUCACUUACUUAGCUAGUGUCAAAUGGAGCUAGUUUAGCCUACUCAAACACCCAGCUCAAACAGAGAGAGAUGCUAUGUUAGCUAGCUGGCUAUGCUAUCCAACACUGGAACUCUUCCAUGUCAAGGUAAGCUUUUGGUUUUAUUAAUUUAUUACCACUGGGGCCCGCCGGUGUAACUGCUAAACUGAUUGCUACUGAGUACAAUUUACUGCAUGAUUGUAGCGGGUUUACUAACGUGUUAGUUCUAGUAGCUAUGUUGACUAUGACGUGACAACGAUGUAGGCUGUUUGUAGCAGUUAGCGGUCAUGAUAUGAAGGUUUGGUUUGGCAAAGUUUUUUCGCCUGGUCACAGACAGCUGAUGUGUAGUCCACUGAAGUCCACAAGCAAAGGGAAAAGGUGAGAGGAGAGAACGUAGAUAGAUGCGAGAAGGAAUUAUACAGUUGAAGUCGGAAGUUUACAUACACCUUAGCCAAAUACAUUUAAACUCAGUUUUUCACAGUUCCUGACAUUUAAUCCUAGUAAAAAUCCCCUGUCUUAGGUCAGUUAGAAUCAUCACUUUAUUUUAAGAAUGUGAAAUGUCCGAAUAAUAGUAGAGAUAAUUAUUUAUUUCAUCUUUUAUUUCUUUCAUCACAUUCCCAGUGGGUCAGAAGUUUACAUACACUCAAUUAGUAUUUGGUAGCAUUGCCUUUAAAUUGUUUAACUUCGGUCAAACGUUUCGGGUAGCCUUCCACAAGCUUCCCACAAUAAGUUGCGUGAAUUUUGGCCCAUUCCUCCUGACAGAGCUGGUGUAACUGAGUCAGGUUUGUAGGCCUUCUUGCUCGCACACACUUUUUCAGUUCUGCCCACAAAUGUUCUAUAGGAUUGAGGUCAGGGCUUUGUGAUGGCCACUCCAAUACCUUGACUUUGUUGUCCUUAAGCCAUUUUGCCACAACUUUGGAAGUAUGCUUGGGGUCAUUGUCCAUUUGGAAGACCCAUUUGCGACCAAGCUUUAACUUCCUGACUGAUGUCUUGAGAUGUUGCUUCAAUAUAUCCACAUAAUUUUCCUUCCUCAUGAUGCCAUCUAUUUUGUGAAGUGCACCAGUCCCUCCUGCAGCAAAGCACCCCCACAGCAUGAUGCUGCCACCCCAUGCUUCACGGUUGGGAUGGUGUUCUUCGGCUUACAAGGUACCCCCUUUUUCCUCCAAACAUAACGAUGGUCAUUAUGGCUAAACAGUUCUAUUUUUGUUUCAUCAGACCAGAGGACAUUUCUCCAAAAGGUUUGAUCUUUGUCCCCAUGUGCAGUUGCAACCGUAGUCUGGCUUUUUAAUGGCCGUUUUGGAGCAGUGGCUUCUUCCUUGCUGAGCGGCCUUUCAGGUUAUGUCGAUAUAGGACUCGUUUUACUGUGGAUAUAGAUACUUUUGUACCUGUUUCCUCCAGCAUCUUCACAAGGUCCUUUGCUGUUGUUCUGGGAUUGAUUUACAAAAGUACGUUCAUCUCUAGGAGACAGAACGCGUCUCCUUCCUGAGCGGUAUGACGGUUGCGUGGUCCCAUGGUGUUUAUACUUGCGUACUAUUGUCUGUACAGAUGAACGUGGUACCUUCAGGCGUUUGGAAAUAGGUCCCAAGGAUGAACCAGACUUGUGGAGGUCAACAAAAUAAUUUCUGAGGUCUUGGCUGAUUUCUUAUAAUUUUCCCAUGAUGUCAAGUAAGGAGGCACUGAGUUAGAAGGUAGGCCUUGAAAUACAUCCACAGGUACACCUCCAAUUGACUCAAAUUAUGUCAAUUAGCCACCAGAAGCAUCUAAAGCCAUGACAUAAUUUUCUGGAAUUUUCCAAGCUGUUUAAAGGAACAGUCAACUUAGUGUAUGUAAACUUCUGACCCACUGGAAUUGUGAUACAGUGAAUUAUAAGUGAAAUAAUCUGUCUGUAAACAGUUGUUGAAAAAAUUACUUGUGUCAUGCACAAAGUAGACGUCCUAAACGACUUGCCAAAAACUAUAGUUUGUUAACAAGAAAUUUGUGGAGUGGUUGAAAAACGAGCUUCAAUGACUCCAACCUAAGUGUAACUUCCGACUUCAACUGUAUAUACAACGAGCUGUUUGUAUGUGUCUGGCAUGAAAGUGAAAUGUGUUUGCGUGUGAUCAGGGGUGUAUUCAUUACGCCGAUUCUGUUGAAUGUCUUUUCUUAAAAGGAAGCAAACGAAACGGGGAUAAACAUACCUGAAUUUGUCCAAUAGAAACUCUUGUUUGCAACUGUUGGACUAAUGAUUACACCCUAGAUCAGCUAGAUGCAGGCAAGAGUGUGCAAGGCGGUAUUGAAUGUGUCACUGUCUGUAACCUUGAUUACUCAAAAUUCUCUCGACCUGUGCACCUAAGUUGUAAACUUUCAUUCACAGGCUAGGUUGUAGCAAACUCAUGAUGGGUACAGGGAAAAUUCUAGUAUCAUGUAGUAGCCUAAACCUAUCGAUGUUACAUUGAGCUGGGUGAAUGGAACAUGAAUGACAGUCAUCCAAUAUGCUGUAAUAGAAAUAAGGCCAAGUUAAUUUUUUUAAAGUAUCAUCCUCCCACAUCUUAAACGGCACCGACCGCCACUGACUAAGAACCUAUAUGGUUUUGUACCAAUACUCAAGUAAUGCUUCUGUCAUUUUUCAACCAGGAAGGGAGUGGACAAACAGGAAGCCGUGAAAGAACCUGGAGAAAUCGAUGAAAGGUUCUGGGAAAUCAUCAUGACUGCAGACAGAAAGGAUUAUGAACGAAUCUGUGCUGAGUUUGGUGUCAAAGACUUCCGUGUGAUGCUGAAGAAACUCAAUGAGAAGAAAAAGGAGCGAGAGGAGGAACAGGCCAAGGUUUGAGAAUUGGGCACAUUCAGUAUGUGCAAAACUUCUUCUGUGUGUACUGUUUCUGGUCACAUAAUGUAGCUAAUGGACUGUGUGAAAACCUCUUUGACCACUAUGAACCUCAGGGUUCAUAAUGUCUCAAAGGUGGCACUGAUUAAUUUGAGUGUAACCAGUUAACUACAUUAAGUCAUUGUGGCAAUAGCCUUAACCUAUAAUUUCAUCCUCAUGAUUUUAAACUCCAUUUCUCUCCCCUCCCUCUCAUCCAUUAUUUUCUCUCCACCACUUUCCUCAUUGUGAUCUUCCAAACCAUCUGCCAUCCUUUCCUCAGUAUAUUGAGACCAUCAGUAACCUGAAACAUAUUGAUAUUAAAGGAGUAGGCAUUGCUUCGUUUGAGUUUGACCUUGAGCUCAAAGACCCCGCCAGUAGGAUUUUCCUCUACAAGGUGAGACAUCUAAAAGUUGACCUCUGAUUCAGUUUCCACAUGAGGCAAAGGUAUCAUUAUACAUAAUUUAGCUUUUAUCUCAACUUACACAACAAUUUUAUCAUUCAACGUUGUACAGCAUUCUAAUGGAUGACUACUGCCUUACAAGAAAGACUGACGUUGCACAAUUAGAACAGAAUGUGUCACUGUCUUUCUUGUAAGGCAGUAGUAUCUCCUUUAAAGUUCUGCCCAUCACCCAAAGUUCCGGGCAUAGAAUUACAUUUUCUUUGGUUCCAGAGUAACUUCAUCCCCUGUUAUCAUCUUGCCAUCAUAAUGGAACACAUCCAUGUCAAAACAUGUCAAUAGUCAUACAUCCCAUCAACUAUGAGGAUUUUCGUUAUUUCAUAAAAAAAAAAAAAAUUAUGAACUCAAUUUCAAGUCAUAUCUGAUAGUAGCUGUCACUGUGUGCAACUCCGUAUCAUCUUGCAGGAUGGUGUAAUGAUUCCCUACAGUGAUGAGGAAGAUAUGAAACACAGCUUAAAGACUGUUGGGAAGAAGUUCAUAUUCAGUGUGCGGGACCUUAAGGCAGAGGAUGCUGGGCUCUAUCAGGUGGAUGUUGAGGAGGUCAAUCUCUUCUCUACAGACUUCAAGUGUAAGAUGACAACAGAAUGAUUAUGAAUAACAUUCCUUUUUGAUAGAAGAUAAAAAACGUUCUUUAUUUCUUAACAUGACCUUGCUCCAUUUGCCCUUUUCAUUCCAGUUUCCACAGUGGAUUUCAUUGUCAAGAUCCAGGAGGUGAAGGCCAAAGAGAGAGAGGAUGCUAUGUUUGAGUGUGUCCUGUCACAUCCCUGCCCCAGAAUCAAAUGGAUGGGCAAGAACGCCACUCUGGAGGAGGGAGAGAAAUACACUAUAACUGUGUCAGAAGACAAGCUGAUACACAGACUGCUAAUAAAAGACUGUAGCCAGCUGGACAAGGGCAUCUACUCUGCUGCGGCAGGAAUCAAGACAUGCAGUGCCUGGCUGAUAGUGGAAGGUAACAUGACAUCUUCAUAUCUUGCACAAUAUGUAAUUUUUCAGAUGAAGGAAACAGCAGAGGGGUUCAUUUUUGGUUGAACAACAUAUACUAUGUAGUUUCACCUCAGUAACUCAGUUCUGGUCUCAUGACAAAUUUGCGAGGUACUAUGUCUUCUCAACACUUAUCGAAAUGUUCCAUAUCAAUAAUCUCUCUCUCUCUCUCUCUCUCUCUCUCUCUCUCUCUCUCUCUCUCUCUCUCUCUCUCUCUCUCUCUCUCUCUCUCUCUCUCUCUCUCUCUCUCUCUCUCUCUCUCUCUCUCUCUCUCUCUCUCAGCUGACAGCGAUCCUGCUUCCCAUGGUAAAAAGAAGUCCCGUAAAACAACCCAGGCUGGUGGAACAGGGUUGGAUCUGGGGAAACUGGCUCAAGAACAGCAGGAAAAACUGGCGAAGGAAAGGCAGGAGAGGAUCGACGCUGCAAACAAGGCCAGAGUGGAGGAGGAGGAGAGGUUAGCCCGAGAGGCACUCCUGGCUCCCCCUCCUCCUGAUACUGGGGAUAGAGACAGUGGGGAAGGCAAAGACACCGGAGAUGGAAAGAACAAGUCUAAAAGUGGAUCAAACAAAUCCAAAGAUUGUGGCAAAUCAGUUGACGAAUCAGUUGGCAAAUCAGUUGGCAAAUCAGUUGGCAAAUCAGUUGGCGAAUCAGUUGGCGAAAUGAAAGACUCUGAGAAGGAAGGAGAUGACAAGAAGAACAAGAAAUCCACUGAUGAUUCUGACAAAGGCAAAGGUAAGACAAAAUGAAAAAAGUAUUUGAUCCCCUGCUGAUUUUGUACGUUUGCCCACUGACAAAGACAUGAUCAGUCUAUAAUUUUAAUGGUAGGUUUAUUUGAACAGUGAGAGACAGAAUAACAACAACAAAAUCCAGACAAAUGCAUGUCAAAAAUGUUAUAAAUUGAUUUGCAUUUUAAUGAGGGAAAUAAGUAUUUGACCCCUCUGAAAAACAUGACUUAGUACUUGGUGGCAAAACCCUUGUUGGCAAUCACAGAGAUCAGACGUUUCUUGUAGUUGGCCACCAGGUUUGCACACAUCUCAGGAGGGAUUUUGUUCCACUCCUCUUUGCAGAUCUUCUCCAAGUCAUUAAGGUUUCGAGGCUGACGUUUGGCAACUCGAACCUUCAGCUCCCUCCACAGAUUUUCUAUGGGAUUAAGGUCUGGAGACUGGCUAGGCCACUUCAGGAUCUUAAUGUGCUUCUUCUUGAGCCACUCCUUUGUUGCCUUGGCCGUGUGUUUUGGGUCAUUGUCAUGCUGGAAUAUCCAUCCACGACCCAUUUUCAAUGCCCUGGCUGAGGGAAGGAGGUUCUCACCCAAGAUUUGACGGUACAUGGCCCCGUCCAUCGUCCCUUUGAUGCGGUCCAUCGUCCCUUUGAGUUGUCCUGUCCCCUUAGCAGAAAAACACCCCCAAAGCAUAAUGUUUCCACCUCCAUGUUUGACGGUGGGGAUGGGGUGUUCUUGGGGUCAUAGGCAGCAUUCCUCCUCCUCCAAACACGGCGAGUUGAGUUGAUGCCAAAGAGCUCGAUUUUGGUCUCAUCUGACCACAACACUUUCACCCAGUUCUCCUCUGAAUCAUUCAGAUGUUCAUUGGCAAACUUCAGACGGCCCUGUAUAUGUGCUUUCUUGAGCAGGGGGACCUUGCGGGCGCUGCAGGAUUUCAGUCCUUCACGGCGUAGUGUGUUACCAAUUGUUUUCUUGGUGACUAUGGUCCCAGCUGCCUUGAGAUCAUUGACAAGAUCCUCCCGUGUAGUUCUCGGCUGAUUCCUCACCGUUCUCAUGAUCAUUGCAACUCCACGAGGUGAGAUCUUGCAUGGAGCCCCAGGCCGAGGGAGAUUGACAGUUAUUUUGUGUUUCUUCCAUUUGUGAAUAAUCGCACCAACUGUUGUCAACUUCUCACCAAGCUGCUUGGCAAUGUAGCCCAUUCCAGCCUUGUGUAGGUCUACAAUCUUGUCCCUGACAUCCUUGGAGAGCUCUUUGGUCUUGGCCAUGGUGGAGAGUUUGGAAUCUGAUUGAUUGAUUGCUUCUGUGGACAGGUGUCUUUUAUACAGGUAACAAACUGAGAUUAGGAGCACUCCCUUUAAGAGUGUGCUCCUAAUCUCAGCUCGUUACCUGUAUAAAAGACACCUGGGAGCCAGAAAUCUUUCUGAUUGAGAGUGGGUCAAAUACUUAUUUCCCUCAUUAAAAUCAAUUUAUAACAUUUUUGACAUAGGUUUUUCUGGAUUUUUUGGUUGUUAUUCUGUCUCUCACUUCAAAUAAACCUACCAUUAAAAUUAUAGACUGAUCAUUUCUUUGUCAGUGGGCAAACGUACAAAAUCAGCAGGGGAUCAAAUACUUUUUUUCCCUCACUGUAUGUUAUGUCUCAUUGACUUAUUCAAGUCUGUGUAGAACAUUUGUUCUUGUUAGUAACACUUUGCGUUAAGGAAUACUUACCUAAAAUAAUUUUAAAGGGUUUAUAAUUAGUUUAUACUAUAUUAUCUAUAUAAACUAAUAAUUAACCAUUUAUAAAUGACUUGUAAACCCCUUUAUAAAUCAUUUUAAGUAUGUAAAAUCAAAGAUGCUGAGAAGGAAGGAGAUGACAAGAAGAACAAGAAAUCCACUGAUGAUUCUGACAAAGGCAAA